AUGUUCAGAUCGGCGGACCCUAAGCUUAUUGCCGAAGCUGAGCGUUGCGUGAAGGCUUAUCGCGCGGAGACGGUGACCGAGAGCACCCUCGCUGACAAGAUGGUGGCGAUGACUCCCGUGAAAUACACAUCCGAUUUGUGCCCUCGCAAUCGGCGUGUUCGUUCAUCGGAGCCAGCGGUGAAGUUAGUGAAUCUUGUGGCGCAGAAAAGAAGUCGCACGUCUACUGGCAUUUCGGAGCAUACGAGCUCGAGGAAGUUGGCUAAGAAAUCCAAGCCGGCAGA